ACAAGCCGAUUAUUUGUUUUGCCAGCAAAUUAGUACACUAAAAUAUAUACUAUAAAUGUCUAUCGUUGCCCCAGCGUAAACCUGUUGCUUGCAUCAACUUUAUAAUGACCUUUGUCUACGACAGAGUGCAGCGUUAAUGGUGUCGAUGUUUCUGGGAGGUGUCACAAUUCGGGAAGGGCAUUUGGCGACGCAGAUCCGAAGCCUCCUUAUCGCACCUCCGCAUUCGUUGCUCUCCCCUGGAAGCUAUCGCAUAUCUGCUGCUUCUGUAGCCAUCAUUUGUCUGCACAUCUUGAUCUUGAAGUCUGUAAUAAAGGCGGGUUUACGCGAUGGCUUCUUCUGCACUGCGCUGGCAGCGGUCUGCCUGCAUGUGGGCACGCCGGACCAGACCGCUAGUCCCCGGUGUUUGCCAGCUCCAUGUCAACAGCCGUCUGCUCUCCAAGGAGCAUUUCAAGGUUCUAGUGCUUGGAGGAGGGAGUGGAGGGAUCACGAUGAGUUCUCGCAUGAAGAGGAAGGUCGGGGCUGAGAAUGUGGCCGUUCUGGAGCCCAGCGAGAUGCACUAUUACCAGCCUCUGUGGACGCUAGUCGGUGCUGGAGCUAAGAAGGUCCAGAUCUCAGGGCGACCCACUGCCAGCGUGAUGCCGUCGGGGGUGACGUGGAUCAAAUCCCCGGUGCAGGAAAUUGACCCCGACAGGAACACGGUUCGCACUGGCGAUGGGAAGCAGAUAUCCUACCAGUACCUGAUCGUGGCCCUAGGACUUCAACUUCAGUAUGAAAAGAUCAAAGGUCUUCCGGAAGCUUUCAAAUACCCAGGCAUUGGGUCUAACUACUCCUUGCAGACAGUGAAUAAGACAUGGGAUGCUCUGCAGAACUUCAAAGAGGGCAAUGCCGUGUUCUCCUUCCCCAACACGCCCGUGAAGUGUGCCGGGGCACCGCAGAAGAUCAUGUACCUGUCGGACGCCUACCUGCGAAAGACUGGGAAACGGUCCAAGGCUAACAUCAUCUACAAUACAUCCCUGCCCGUGUUGUUUGGGGUUAAAAAGUAUGCAGACUGUUUGUGGGAGGUUGUCAAGAACCGUGACCUCCAGGUCAACCUCAGACACAAUCUCGUUGAAGUCAGAGCUGACAGACGGGAGGCUGUAUUCGAAAAGCUUGACAGCCCAGGGGAGACAGUGGUUUAUGAGUACGAAAUGCUCCAUGUGACCCCCCCGAUGGGACCCCCUGAGGUCUUAAAGGGCAACCCACUGGCAGACCAGGCUGGCUGGCUGGACGUAGACAAAGAUGUGCUUCAGCACAAGAGGUACCCCAACGUGUUUGGGAUCGGCGACUGCACCAACGUUCCCACAUCAAAGACGGCUGCAGCUGUUGCUGCUCAGUCUGCUGUUCUGGACAGAACCAUCUCCAGAGUGAUGAGGGGUGUCCUCCCAGAUAAGAAGUAUGAUGGUUACACGUCCUGCCCGCUGGUCACGAGCUACAACACAGUCAUCCUGGCCGAGUUUGACUAUAACGGACAGCCCCUAGAGACCUUCCCUAUUGACCAGGGCAAGGAGAGCAGAGUCAUGUAUCACAUGAAGGCCAACCUCAUGCCUCACCUCUACUGGCAAGGCCUCCUCAAGGGCCUGUGGGGUGGGCCUGGACCGUACAGGAAGAUCAUGCACCUGGGCAUGAAGUAGAACUCCCAGCAUGCGGAACAAAACUUAGCUUCUUUUUUUUGUAACCAAGGCCCUGAUCUUACUUCCUGGAAUGAAACCAACUUACCCAUAUUAAAAAAAGCUUAUUACUAAA